AUCUGUUUGGUAGGAACAUCUUGUCCAAGAAGGCACCCUGUCUGAUGAUAAACCAUUCCAAAUGGCUCCUGGUGACAAGCAAGCCUUUCUUUCUGUCGGCAAAAGAGGAAUUGGUUGCAGUGUUCGUAAUGGGUUUCCAAACAUCUCUGGUUUGUUCGUGAUUGCUGUUACUCCAGGAUCCAUCUCAGACAAGGCGGGAAUCAGGGUUGGUGAUGAAAUCGUAUCUGUCAACGGGAAAGACAUCACGAAGUGGAGCUACUCUGAGGCGGUCUAUUUGCUCAAGUCCUUUCAAGAGCUGCAGCUUAUUCUGAGACAUUCUAAGAGGGUUGAAAAACUCGUUCGAGAUGAAGAUUCCAAAAACGACGAAGAGAAAGUACCAGAAUUCGCCAUCCGAACGCAAAUCCUGCUGAAGAAAGCCGAAGAAAAAGAGAAAGAAAAAGCAAAGGAUAAAGAGAGAAAAGAUAAAGUAAAGUCUGAAGUAGAAGAGGAAGAGGAAGGGGAAAAGGAGGAGGAGGACGUCGAACAUCCAGGUAUAAGAGCUGAAGCUUAAAUCAGUUGAAAAAAU